UUACUAAAUCACCCAAAAACUUGCGAGUGUAUUGGGGCCGCAGCAGCUCUAUCCAAUUCCAACAGUGAAAAACUGAGAAGCAAUGCAAAACCAACGCCGCUCCACAAAACCACCCCCAACCACCGCACUCACCGCCUAACAAAACCUGUCGCAUCCCUCCAUCAAUGGCGUCGUCUUCUUCGUUAACAUCAUCAUUAUCAUCCAUAGUAAACCACCCGCCAUACUCCCUCUGCAUCAAACUCCACCGACGAUGCGCCGCCUUCUCCUUUUCCCGUCUCUCCUCCCACCGCCCUCCCACUGUCAAGUGGGCCACCCCCUCCCUCACUCUUUCUCUCUCCAGAAACUUCUCCCACCAACCGGAUAACCUAACCCUCCGGCAUUUCAUGCCUCGUGCUUCUCUCUCUCCUCCCAGUAUUCUCUCCGACACUCCAGAAGUUUCUGAUGUGCCUCAAAAAGGUCGUGUUUACCACGAGACAUAUGGAUGCCAGAUGAAUAUCAAUGACAUGGAAAUUGUGUUAGCUAUCAUGAAGAAAGCUGGGUAUACUGAAAUGGUUGAGGCUCCCGAGAGUGCAGAGAUCAUCUUCAUCAAUACUUGCGCUAUUCGGGAUAAUGCAGAACAGAAAGUAUGGCAACGCCUCAACUACUUUUGGUUUUUGAAGAGGAAUUGGAAAAGAAAUGUUGCCCAAGGUAGGUCACAGUCUAUCCGCCCUCCUAAAGUUGUGGUUUUGGGAUGCAUGGCUGAGAGGUUAAAGGAUAAGAUACUAGAUUCGGAUAAGAUGGUGGACGUUGUGUGUGGGCCCGAUGCUUAUAGAGACCUACCACGGUUACUUGCGGAGGUAGAUUAUGGUCAAAAAGGUAUAAACACCCUUCUAUCUCUUGAAGAAACUUAUGCUGACAUAAGUCCAGUCCGCGUUUCACAGAAUUCAAUCAGUGCUUUUGUCUCUGUUAUGAGAGGUUGCAACAAUAUGUGCUCAUUUUGCAUUGUUCCCUUCACAAGAGGCAGGGAACGGUCACGGCCCGUGGAUUCCAUUGUUAGAGAGGUGGAAGAACUUUGGAAUGAAGGGGUCAAAGAAGUAACACUCCUUGGGCAAAAUGUGAAUAGCUAUAAUGACGCUUCUGGAGUUGAAAAGGAUGUUGAACCUGAAACCAAUUGGGAACUUAGUGAAGGGUUUUCGAGUAUGUGCAAAGUGAAAUCUACUGGUCUGCGGUUUGCUGACCUAUUAGAUAGGCUUUCCACUGAAUUCCCUGAUAUGCGGUUCAGAUACACAUCUCCGCACCCCAAAGAUUUUCCUGAUGAUUUGCUGUAUCUUAUGCGGGAUAGGUAUAAUAUCUGCAAAAGCGUGCAUUUACCUGCACAGUCUGGAAAUAGUGAAGUACUUCAAAGAAUGCGACGGGGCUAUACCCGAGAGGCAUACUUGGAACUUGUAGAGAAAAUUCGAAGGAUAAUUCCAGAUGUUGCACUGACAAGUGAUUUCAUAUGCGGAUUUUGCGGGGAAUCAGACGAGGAAUUCAGUGAUACAGUGAGCCUCAUCAAAACUGUUGGCUACGAUAUGGCAUACAUGUUUGCCUACAGCAUGAGGGAGAAAACCCAUGCCCAUAGAAGUUACACUGAUGAUGUUCCUGAAGAUGUGAAGCAAAGGAGGCUAACAGAAAUGAUAGAGACCUUCCGUGAGAGUACCGGUCAAAGGUACGAUUCACAGGUCGGUACAAUUCAGCUCGUGUUGGUUGAAGGCCCGAAUCGUAGAGCUCCCGAAACAGAGAUGAUUGGUAAGAGUGAUAAAGGUCAUAGAGUUACAUUCCCGAUUAUGCCCUUGUCUAAUAGGGAUAGCCAAGAUGAGAGUAAGCAAAACCCUAAAGUUGGUGAUUUUGUGGAAAUCAAGAUAUUGAGAUCAACAAGAGCAACCCUAUUUGGGGAAGCUCUUGCAAUUACUAAACUGAGCUCUUUCUAUAAGGUUGCAGAGGAAGAAGAGGUUAUGGUUUGUGCUGGUAGAACUUGAUUAAGGUUGAUGCUUCUCGUUUAGCCUUACCAUUUUGUAAUAUAUACUCACUCGUAAAUUUGCCUCUUGUACUAGGAAAUUUUGGUUAAAUAUAAUGGAAGUUAACCACCUCCCCUCUA